GCGCCAAGAUGUCGGCGGCGAUCGCCGCGCUCGCCUCUUACGGCGGCUCCGACUCGGAGCCCGACUCGGAGCCCGAGCCGGGGGGCAGCGCCGCGCUGCUGCCCAGCCGCGACGCCGUGCUGCACCUCCGCCCGCCGCCCAACGCCCCCGGCGCGGGCCUCGCCGUCGAUGCGGCCCCGGAAGUGGCCGUCAAGGAGGAUGUGGAAACAGGAGUCCACCUUGAUCCUGCUAUCAAGGAAGUUCAGUACAACCCCACUUAUGACACUAUGUUUGCACCUGAGUUUGGACCAGAGAACCCAUUUAGGACCCAGCAAAUGGCUGCACCUAGAAAUAUGCUUUCUGGAUAUGCAGAACCAGCUCACAUCAAUGAUUUCAUGUUUGAACAACAAAGAAGAACAUUUGCAACCUAUGGCUAUGCAUUAGAUCCCUCCAUAGAUAACCCUGAAGUUGCUACCAAAUAUAUUGGCUCUGUAGAAGAAGCUGAGAAAAAUCAAGGUUUAACUGUGUUUGAAACAGGACAAAAGAAAAUUGAAAAAAGGAAGAAAUUCAAGGAGAAUGAUGCAUCUAACAUUGAUGGGUUUCUGGGACCAUGGGCAAAGUAUGUUGAUGAAAAAGAAGUAGCCAAACCAUCUGAGGAAGAACAGAAGGAGCUGGAUGAAAUAACAGCCAAGCGGCAGAAGAGGGGAAAGCUGGAAGAUGAUAAACCUGGAGAGGAGAAGACUAUAUUACAUGUUAAGGAAAUGUAUGACUAUCAGGGGAGAUCUUAUCUUCACGUCCCUCAAGAUGUUGGAGUUAAUCUCCGUUCGACGGUCCCACCUGAGAAGUGCUACCUUCCAAAGAAACAAAUCCAUGUGUGGUCUGGACAUACAAAGGGUGUCAGUGCAGUUAGAUUGUUUCCCCUCUCUGGGCAUUUACUGUUGUCUUGCUCUAUGGACUGCAAAAUUAAGCUGUGGGAAGUAUAUGGUGAUCGAAGAUGUCUGCGAACAUUUAUUGGACAUAGCAAGGCUGUUCGAGACAUCUGUUUCAACAACGCUGGCACUCGCUUUCUUAGUGCUGCCUACGACCGGUACCUGAAACUCUGGGACACUGAAACAGGACAAUGCAUUUCCAGGUUCACAAACAGGAAGGUUCCUUAUUGUGUCAAGUUCAACCCUGAUGAAGAUAAACAAAAUCUCUUUGUUGCUGGCAUGUCGGAUAAGAAGAUUGUACAGUGGGACAUUCGAAGCGGUGAGAUUGUGCAGGAAUACGACAGGCAUUUGGGAGCUGUCAACACCAUUGUGUUUGUGGAUGAAAACAGGAGGUUUGUGAGCACAUCUGAUGACAAGAGCUUAAGAGUCUGGGAAUGGGACAUUCCUGUAGACUUCAAGUACAUUGCUGAGCCAAGUAUGCACUCGAUGCCAGCUGUGACUCUGUCUCCAAAUGGGAAGUGGUUGGCUUGCCAGUCGAUGGAUAACCAGAUUCUGAUCUUUGGAGCUCAGAACAGGUUCAGAUUAAACAAAAAGAAAAUUUUCAAAGGUCACAUGGUAGCUGGCUACGCUUGCCAAGUGGAUUUUUCACCUGACAUGAGCUACGUGAUAUCCGGAGACGCCGACGGGAAGCUGAACAUCUGGGACUGGAAGACAACAAAACUCUACAGCAGAUUAAAAGCACAUGACAAAGUCUGUAUUGGUGCAGUGUGGCAUCCACAUGAAACAUCCAAAGUCAUCACCUGUGGCUGGGAUGGUCUUAUUAAACUGUGGGACUAAAGAGGAUGAAGAUCUAAAGGUCUGUGCUGAUCCGUCUGUGAGGAGGAGGAAAGCUGCUCUGAGGAUGAGCAGACAUUGGUCAUUCUGCAGUUCCCAGCCAGCUGUACAUAUAUGCACAGAGCCUGGGGCAUCUUCAGAAGACACAACUGAAGGGAUAUAGUCUGAAAUAUGGUCUCCAUGAGGGCACCUGAGGCAUUCACAAUCAAGUGUUGGUUUGUCAGGUCACUUUUUUGUGCAAAUCGCUCUUUGUAAAAUAAAAUAACUGUAAGAAAAAUGAGGUUUGUGGCUCUGGCUGUCAGGGAUGUGGCAAGUUAGAGGAGAAAGGCAGCAAUUCUGUAACUCUUCCUAAGAAGAAAUGUUUGGUCUAUUCUGCAAUUGAGCUGGAAAAAGAUGCAUUUGUUUACCUGGCUUGGGGUGCUGUGUUGUUGUCCCCAAAAUACUUCUGUCCUUACAGAACACAGCCCCGCUUGCCAAGAUCUGUUACUUCUCAGUAGGAAUGAAGAACUAACCUGAAGGCAGCAGGCACCAGAUAAACUGCAUCAACUGAAGACUAGUCAUAAACUCUUGGUUUCUGUCUGUAGUUAACUGAUCACUGAGUUCCAUCUUUACCAGUCCCCCUCACUGUCACAAUCUGGCUUGUCAUGGUGGUGUGUUAAGUGUUGGUUUUCCUCUCCCCGUGUGCUCUUACGUUCCCAUCAGCCUGGCAUGCUAAAGCAAAGCAAAGUUGGUGUCUCUUGUUCAGUUUGGAACACACUGUGUUAAAAGCCCCAUAAAGUUUUGGACAAUUUGAUGUACAUACGUGUCACCCUUUUUCUCUUUGAAGAACAUAUUUUUAAUAAAUCUUUUUAUAAAAGGUC